GAGACGUCCAAUUUCCAGAGUUGAGACUCCUGGACUCCUAGACUGGACUUCUUCCCUGCAAAAGAAGAAAAACACCAACGGAUACCAACUCUCAAAAUGCUCCGGAGAAAAACACAGACCCACACCCACACGCACACGCACACCCACACACAUGCACACACACCAACUGUCUUGCCCUUGUUCUCGCCAACUCUCAAAAAUAUGCGACAAUGAGCCGCUCCUUGCUGCGACUUCCGGUGAUCCGCAGCUCCAAGGCCGGUCUUGGCAUGGGGAGUCGCUAUCGCUUGGCUCCUCGCCAAGACGAUCUACGUUUCGUGGAGAAGCGGCCGGGUGCUUGGGAUUCCAGUGUGGUCGAAGACGAGGACGAUGAUUUGACGGACUCCACGGCCAGUGAGGCGGAGGUUCAGUCUUCCCGAGAUUCAUGGACAUGGGCUCCGGAGCCAGGUCCUGGGCAGUACGAAGAGUUUUACGGCCCGAUUGGGGCCAACAAAUGGAAAGCCAAGUGGUGGAACCCCUCUGCUGGCUUGCCACAACAAAACCAUCGUCGAGCGACGAUCCAAGCAGAGAUCGCAGAGUUGGUGGCUAGUGGCCAGCCCAAGGAGGAAAUUUACCGAGCAAUUCGAGAAGCAUAUAAUGUUACCAAUGAAGAAGAAUAAUUCUAUUCAAAA